AGUAAAGAAUAGUUUGUUGAAAAGCGCGCCUCGAGAGACAGCAGUUUCGUAACAUUUUGUGAGACUGUGCUAUAACAUGGAUAAGGACACGAGCGACAUGAAGCAAAAUCCGAGGGAGACGGCAAAUAUCUUUAGUGUUCUAUUCUUCUGGUGGAUGCGAGAAUUAUUUAUAACAGGCUCCAAGCGCGAUUUGAAGGAAUCUGACAUUUAUCGACCAAUUAAAGCGGACGAAUCCGAAAAAUUAACUGAUCAUCUUGAGAAGUACUGGAAUCGUGAGCUCGAUAAGCUGAAAAAUCUGGAAUAUGCCAUGAGCAAAGACGGGCAGAAAGUGCCGUUAAAAAAGAAUGUUCGUCCAAGAUUAUACAAGGCUAUCUGUAAUGCCUUUUGGUUGCCAUAUUUCAUAAUUGGAAUCUACUCAUUUAUCUUGAGCAGCAUAGUACGCGUAGGAAUACCGAUCUUUCAAGGGUGGAUCAUCGACUACUUCGCUAGAGUUUCCACUACGAAGGACAAGACAAAGACGAACGAGGUUCUACUCUACGUAGUCAUCAUGAUCAUCUGCAAUGUCAUCACUACUUUAUUGAUGCACCAUACGAUAAUGCUGUCGCUGCAGAUCGGCAUGAGGAUACGCAUCGCCUGUAGCUCCCUCCUUUACCGGAAGUUAUUACGGUUGAACAGAACAUCAAUGAAUCAAAUCGGUACCGGACAGAUCAUAAAUCUUCUCAGCAAUGACGUUACUCGCUUUGAUCUAUUAAUGAAAUACCUGAAUUAUAUAUGGAUCAUGCCUAUUCAGACGGUAAUCAUAGGAACCAUAAUGUGGCGAAAGAUCGGUCUUUCUACUCUUGCCGGCAUAGGACCAAUGUUGAUCAUUCCUCUAAUUGUUCACGGGACUUUCAGCUUGCUGAGCCGCAGAUUUAGAGCCAUGAUUGCACCACUGACCGACCGAAGAGUGCAGCUAAUGAGCGAACUUAUAGCUGGAAUACAGGUAGUAAAGAUGUAUGCUUGGGAGAAACCGUUCGGCAAGAUUGUGUCGAUGAUCAGAAAGAUGGAGAUAAAGAAAAUUAAAGUUUCAUCGUAUGUGCGCGCCGCGCAUUUGGCCGCAAUAGUUUUAUUGCAACGACUGAGCCUCUACUUUGCCCUAAUAAUGUUUGUUCUAAUGGGGAAUGCUUUAACUGCCGACAUUACCUACGAAAUGGUAACAUACAUUGCCAUACUUAAUAUCACCUCCGGAUUAUUCUUUCCGCAUGGCAUAAUACUACUGGGCGAAUCGGUCGUGUCUUUGAAUCGAUUGGAGGACUUUCUCCUGAUGAACGAAAUAAAUGUGAGACAAUUGGAAAAGAUGCCGCAGUUACAGUCAAAAUCUCAGAAACCAAACAAAGCAACUAAUGAGAAAAAACAAACAGACAUCUCGGAAAAUGAAAGUAUUGAGCUUUCCGAGUCUCAGAGAUUAUUUGAUCUUCCGGUCCGCGUGGAACUUCAGCGUGUUUGCGCCAAUUGGGUUAGUGACCAAUUGCCACCAACUUUGUGUAACAUCAAUUUGACUGUCAAGCCAGGCCAGUUGUGCGCUAUGAUCGGCGAUGUGGGCUCCGGCAAGUCGUCCGUGUUACACCUGCUGCUGAAGGAACUGGAUCUCGGCGCGGGUUCCGUGAUUUUCACUCAGGGCUCCUUCAAUUAUAACUUUCAGGACAAUUUGUCUAACGGUUAUUUCACGAAUAAUCCGAAUCUGCGUAUCUCUUAUGCUAGUCAGGACCCUUGGAUCUUCAACGGUACUGUGAGAGACAACAUAUUAUUUGGCCAGCCUUACGACAAGGCCAAGUACAUGCAAGUGACAAAUGUGUGCGCCUUGAUGAAAGAUUUCCGGCAGUUUCUACAAGGAGACUUAACGUUGGUCGGCGAUAAAGGUAUAUUAUUGUCCGGAGGCCAAAAAGCGCGAAUCAGUCUUGCAAGGGCGGUUUAUAGACAGGCAGAUCUGUAUUUACUAGACGAUCCCUUGAGCGCAGUUGAUACUCGCGUCGCCAGACGUCUUCACUCGAAGUGCAUUACCGAGUAUCUCCACGACAGGACGAGGAUACUCGUCACACAUCAGUUGCAAUUUCUCAAACAAGCGGAUCAUAUUGUCGUGCUGAAUGAAGGUUGCGUGAAAAUGCGAGGAAGCUAUAACGAAUUAGUACAGUCAAAUAAAGAUUUCAUUGGGAUAAUGGAUAAUUUAUGUAACGAUGCGCAGAAAAAGAAAGUGAAGAUGAAGAAAGUUUCGGAAAUAUAUAUGAGGGGAAUUACGAGACGAGAUUCGGGAUCAUCGCUUGCAAGUUCUGUUUACUCGGAUAUUGAUAAUUCGGAUCAUGUAGAAAAUAGACCGGAAGUGGAGAUGAUAGCACACGGUCGAGUAUCCUGGAGAGUGUACAAAGAGUAUCUGCAUCACGGCGGCAACUAUUUCACCCUGUUUAUGCUGUUGCUGAUUUUUAUUAUCAGCCAGAUCGCCAUUACUGGUAAUGAUUAUUGGCUCUCAUACUGGACUACCUUGGAAGAUGUCAGGCGUAUUGAAAACACAAGUGACGCCAAUCGAUUCGCGCACAUGUACAACAACAGCUUCCUUGGAUCCAUUUUUACAUUGAAUCCAGACGGCCUGCUCAGCACUGUAGAUGCCAUAUAUGUAUACACAUUCUCCGUCAUUGCCUGUACUGCCACUACGCUGUUUCGAGGCUUCUUCUUCAUGAUGGUCUGCAUGAACUCAAGCUGCAAUCUUCACAACACUAUGUUCUCCAAUUUGUUGCAGGCGUGCAUGUCCUUUUUCCACAGUAAUCCUUCCGGGAGAAUUUUAAACAGAUUUUCUAAGGACAUGGACACUGUAGACGAAUUGCUACCCAAAACGAUAUUAGAAACAAUCCAGAUGUAUUUUGUAGUUUGCGGUGUAAUGGUAAUACAAGUGAUAAUUAAUCAAUGGAUACUUAUACCGAUAGUGAUUCUGAUUGUCUUACUUUUCUUCACGACGAAGUUCUACCUAAAAACCAUUCAGGGUAUCAAACGUCUCGAAGGCACAAUGAAAAGUCCAUUGUUUUCGCACGUAAACGAGACGCUAAAUGGUCUGUCGACGAUCAGAAGCAGCGGCAAUGAAAUCGAGAAGAUGAUGCGAAAACAAUUCGAUGUAUUGCAAGAUCAUCACAGUGGCACGUGGUAUCUCUUUCUAACGUGUUCGGCGACCUUCGCUAUCUUUGUUGAGCUAAUCAUAUGUUUGUUUUUUGCCUGCCUUUGUUUCUCCCUGAUACUAAAUGAUUUACUAAAUGAAAAUGUCAGCAUAGACGGCAACAAAUCCGGUCUAGCCAUAUCGCAAUCGUUUUUUCUGCUUACUGAAUUCCAAUACGGCAUAAGAAUGUCCAUUGAGGCGAUGGCACAAAUGACAUCCGUGGAAAGGAUUCUCCAGUAUACGAAUCUUCCUAAGGAGCCCAUUUCUUCAUCGGAUUCGCCGCCGUCCACAUGGCCACAUCAAGGACAAUUGAUUUUGAAAAACGUCAACAUGAAGUAUUACAGAAAUGAUUCACCGGUUUUGAAGAAUCUGAACAUUUCCGUCGAGCCUGGUUGGAAAGUUGGGGUGGUGGGACGAACUGGCGCCGGUAAAUCCUCCUUGAUCUCAGCACUCUUCCGUUUGUUCAACGAAGGUCUGGAAGGCGUGAUUAUGCUUGACGGUCGAGACACAAGCACUGUAAGCUUGAGCGAGCUGCGCUCCAAGAUCUCCAUUAUACCGCAGGAACCGGUGCUGUUUUCAGGGACUUUGCGUUAUAAUCUGGACCCGUUUAAUCAAUAUGAUGAUAUGAAACUGUGGGAGGUGCUGCGGCAGGUCGAACUGAAUGACGUCGAUCUGGAUCACAAUAUUUUGUACGGUGGUCACAACUUCAGCGUUGGCCAGAAACAGCUUGUAUGCCUGGCUAGGGCUAUUCUAAGGAACAAUCGUUUGCUCGUUCUGGAUGAGGCCACGGCCAACAUUGAUUCACACACCGAUGCCUUAAUUCAGGAUACAAUAAGAAAGAAUUUUAAAGAAUGCACCGUUAUCACGGUAGCACAUCGUUUGAAUACUAUUAUAGACAGCGAUCGAAUAAUCGUGUUGGAGAAUGGUUCUAUCGUGGAAUUUGGUUGCCCAUACGAGCUACUGUAUGACAAACCGAAUGGUUAUUUUUCACAAAUGGUGGAGAAGACAGGCAAUCAAAUGGCGCAAAGUCUUUUGCAACAGUCGAAGAAGGCUUGCGAGAGCAAUAACCAUCAUCAUGAAUUGAAUUUAUCGGCGCAAAAUAUCGAUAGCGAUGCCAUUAUCACUGAACAGUCCGCUUUAUAGAUUCCCCUAUAUUGAAAAGAUCUUGUACGAAAGAAAAAUAUAUUUAAUGUUUUGUAUUUAUAUAUAAUGGUGAUUUGCGAAAUUAAAGUAGCUCUUACAAAGAAAUGUUUUUAGCCUUUUUACACACAAUAACGAAUGAAACUUAAGUGUAGUACACGAAGAAAAUUGUCUUAGAGUUACAAAUUUUUUUAGGUCUAUUCUCAGAAUGAGUUUGACAGACAUGAACUGAUUUUGUCUAAUACUACUAUUAGACGUGCCUUGUAAAAAAAAAACUUGACAAUUGACGUUAAUUGCGUUAAAUUUGAUGUUGCCGCUUUUUGUGCAAGCCAGCGUCAACUAUGAUCACGUGACUUACUUCGACGCUAAUAAUGAACGUCGAGCAUCAACAUAAAAAGGCACUUGUGGAUUUUUAGUCUUAUUCAAACGCAAAUAAACAAAAAUAAUUAAAGUAACCGCAAACUUAAGUAAUGCUCGGAAGAAACUUCUUAUAUGUCCGUAUAAAUUUGUCGUCUCCAAGCAAUUGCAAUGUUCCCGCAAUCGCCAAAUGGUCCCUCAUUUAACAUCGUAAAUCCUUUUUUUUUUUAUUAUAACAUCUCAAUAGAAAAAAGUAGAAACGUAAUAUUGUCUUGUAAUUAACGUUAAUAAGCAACGUUGCCAGUUUCGUACGUGAACCGCAUUUACUGAAGGUUGUGUAAGAAGUUGGACUUCUUUAGAACGAUAUAAAAUGAGAUGUGCUCUGGUCGAUGUUUUGUAAUGCAUUAUAAUGAAUUGUGAAACUAUACAUUCCAAACAAAUGGAACAUCUGUCGGCACACUCGUGUACGAAACAUAAAUAUAACGUGACACUAAUUGUAAGUUUGAAAGUCCCGUCAUUUUAACAUGAUGACCAUCUUACGCGUUUAUUCCGGAUCAUCUUAUAAAAUUUGGCUUUACUAGAUGAUUCUGUUUUUUUUUGUUUAUAAUAAAUGUUACUGUAUGACUCCGAUUCUUGGUUUUUUGAUAUAAUUUUCCACGGUAUUGACUAAUAUUUUAUAUUUAUAUUUGAUUUAUAUUUAUUGCGCUGCGUUUAUGUAGUUAGGUUUAAUUAGGCGAUAGAAAAAGACCUAGUGAAGUUGAAACUAGUAUCGAUUUUAUUAUACAUAUAUGAGAGAAUAAAGAAUGACAUGUACAUCC